CUCAGUCUCCGUGCUGUAGCCUUGCUGUGCGGUCGUCUGAGCACUCUGUUGUAGCACCAAAGGGAGGAGGAGCCAACGGCGCACACACACACACACACACACACACACACACGCAAACUCACAUAGACACACACACUCUGACAUCUCAUAUCAUCUCUUCUGCACGCUCACUGUAAGCACCAGACAGCAAGUCUACCAGCCAGCCAGCCAGCCAGGCCCGUUUGGAGCAGGGGAGCCCAGCCGUCUCGUCGCCCAAGAUGGAUGCAUUGAUGAAAGGGUUCUCAAUGGCCAAGGAGGGAGUGGUGGCCGCCGCAGAGAAAACCAAAGCUGGAAUGGAGGAGGCAGCAGCCAAGACCAAGGAAGGGGUGAUGUAUGUAGGCAGUAAGACAAAGGAGGGAGUUGUGUCAUCAGUAAACACAGUGACCAACAGGACCGUGGAUCAGGCCAACAUCGUUGGGGACACAGCGGUUGCUGGGGCCAACGAAGUGUCACAGGCAACCGUGGAGGGUCUCGAGAAUGUUGCCGCAUCGACCGGGGUGAUCAACCAGGGAGAAUAUGGAGGAAUGGAGCAGGGUGGGGAAGGAGGAGAGGGGUAUUAGUCUUCUUCAGGACCUCGCCUCCCGUGUUCUCCGGCGGCCCCUCGCUCCCCUCGCCUCGCUGUACCAGACUCCAGAUGUCCAACAUAUUUUUUUGUGACUUUACAGAACCAAAAUCAACUAAAACAGACUCUUCCGGAUGCCGCCCCUCAACCCCCAACUCCCCGUCUGCCUCGUCACUCAGUGAUGCUCCCACCUGUCCUCAUCCCUUCUCCUCCCCUCUGACUUUCUGCAGCCUGUAGCGUAACCUCCACUGCCCGUCUUACCCUCACCUCACCCGUGUGUUAGUGUCAUCCUGAUAUGAACCCCGGUGUUGUUAUCGCCCCCACGCCUACCCACCCAUAGGGAAAUCUCACACACAAACACACACGUACACACAAACAAAAAGAGAUACACCUUCAUUUGACACAUGCAUGAAACACACACAUACAGUACAUACAGUCAUAGCCAGCACAGACGCACACACUGGGCAAACAUGUGUUAAUUAACUGUAGGAUUUUAGGUGUGUAAAUACAGCUAAGCCUUUGCAGUCCACCACAAUAACAAUAACUCACUGCGAGACCGAGGCAGGGUGUGAGAGGGUGUGAGAUCUGCUGUUUGUGCGCCUGUGUGUCCACAAUAGCUUAUAUAUAUAUGUGUGUGUGGGUAUCUGUGCGCGCACAUAUGUAGCUGCUGGCAUAUAAAAUAAAUCUCCAGAGGCUUGAGCAAGGAAUUCGUGCAUUGAGGACAGAUAUCAUUCUGUUAUGUGUGCAGUAGUUAGCUAGCUACAAUAGGCUGCAUGAACAGAUGUGUAGAAUGACUUGUCUUGUGCUGUAACUAUAGAGUAGCGGCUGUUAUGUGUAGCUUUGUAUGGAUUAGUGUGUGUCGCGCCUCAACAUUUAGAAACAGGGUUAUCACAGUGUCAUUAACCAGUAAGCAAUACACAAAGUCCUUUCUUAUCAGCUUUUAAGAGUCGCUCCUUGAAUUGUGUUAUUAACAAGUUAAUUAGUUUCAAAAAUUCAAAGAUUUCUCUGUUUCUCACAAAGCAAAAGUUGUAUAUAAUUUUAUAAUUUUUGUAUAUAGCAUUUGCUUUGUGAGUUGCAUAAAGGGAACAACACACUGUCUCUCAUUUUACAACCCUGCUGUAAUAUGACAAAUAAAUGUACCUUGUAUAGCGUUAAAUAUUUGUGGCUAAAAAAGCAACAUUUAAAGUGAAAUGAAAGAACAUAUUAGCUAUAAAUAAUUAAGAGUUUAACAGUUAAUAAGUGUUGGUUUAAUUAGAUUUGUCAGGGUCAUCUCCCUGCAAACAACCAGAGUCUGAUAUUUAAAUUGUAAUUGGUUCAUGGAAUUAUCCUUCUUUCCAACACAUCCCAGCCCACUUCAAACUAGCACUAAGAGCACCAGUUUCGCUCUAAUUGUAUAAAUAUAAUGUGAUCAUGUAUGCAGGACCCCAUCACUUAUAGUACUUAAGAAGCUGAUUAACUUCUUCAACCCAGUCAUUACAAACUUAAUGUUAAAACCCUCACGGGAUUGUCUGUUAAAUCCUAGUAGAAUAUGUCAUGCAGAACUUCAGUCCUGGGUUUGAAUAUUCCCCUCACAGGAAACAUCAAAUAGCUUUUCAUGAAGAGCUCAAACAAGCUGAUACAGAAUAUAUGUCAGACACAAGGCAAUAAGACUUUUCACAUUAAAAGCUACUUCUGGCAAAAGCUGGGUUUACAAAAAAAAAUUCAAGGAGGAAAUAUAAGCAGCUGAUAUUGAUUGCUUCUUGUUAUUGUGUAGUUGCUUUUAAGUCUUUGUUAAAGUGGUCUGCAUGCCAUCGGACGAAACAAGCAGUCUUAUUACAGUUAUUCAGAUUUCUGUGUUGAAAAACAUCAUUCAGUGAGGGAAUCAGUCCGCUAAGAGAGGAGAAUGAAAGUUUGAGUUUAAUCAGCUUUAUGUGUAGCUCUGUGAACAGCUUGAAUUCUGGGAUAUGUAGUUGUUUUUUAGGGUAGUUUUUAUUUCACACUAACUGGUCUGAACCCUCUCAGUGCGAUCACCUUUCACUGCUCGUCUGCCCGGCAAUAGUGUGUGUGUCUGAAUGCACUGUAUGUGUGUGUGUGUAUCUACACGUGUGUGUUAACAUAGAACCGGUUCAGCCAGCAAAGUGUGUGAGUGUGUGUUUGUGUCUGGAUCAGGUUUGUGUGUUUUUACUUUGAGGCCAAUGGAAACUGAUGACUGCAUGUUGCCUUAUCAAGCAAUCUGACAUUCACACACACCCAUACACAUAAGACUACACACUACACCACACUUGUAUCAACACACACACACACACACACACAGCACACUAAACAAGACAAAUCACAAAUCCCACCUGAAAUACACAAACACAAAUAUCGCACACCAUGUUUAAGUUGGCAUCAAAGCAGACUCGCUGAUUUUAUAAACAGUAGCAGUGAAAUUAAAAAGGUUUUGUUGAAAUCCA